AUGUCGCCGUCGCCAGAAGACCAAGCAAUGCAACAACUGCACUCGCAGCAAUCCAGAUUACUGGACAAAAUCGACGAACUUCGCGCGGUGGGCGUCGGUGGUCUGGUCGAACUACCGCAAUUGAUUGUCUGUGGCAACAAAUCGAGUGGGAAGAGUUCGGUGCUCGAGGCAAUCUCGCGAGUCCGCUUCCCAGCCAAGAGUAGUUGCUGUACGCGAUUCGCGACGGAAGUGAUUCUUCGUCGCAGCACGCAGCCAAAAUUCAAGGUCUCCAUCGAACCGGGUGCGUCGAGAACGAACGAGGCCGAACGCCAGAAACUGCGCAACUUCGCGACGCAAGGGUUUUCCAGCUACAGGGAUCUGCCGAGGAUCAUUGAACAAGCAACAGAAUGCAUGGGCAUCAGCGAUGAGGACACAGCCAACUCAGGGUUUAGCGACGACGUCCUGAAGGUCGCAAUCUCAGGUCCCGAUCAGCCGGAGUUGACUCUGGUGGACCUGCCCGGGCUAUACACCUCAACGAGUCAUGCUCAGGGGGCAAAGGGAAUCGAGAUCGUCCGAGGCUUGACGGAGAAAUACAUGAAGAGCACGCGCACCAUCAUUCUCGCGGUGAUCAGUGCGAAAACGGAUUAUCAUCUACAGGGAGUACUGAACAUGGCAGAGCGAUUUGACAGCAAACGCCAACGGACGAUUGGUAUUAUCACGCAGCCGGACAUUCUCGAAGCCGGCUCGGAGGAGGAAAGCAAUUACCUGCAGUUCAUGCGAAACGAGAAGAUAAACUUGCGACUCGGAUGGCAUGCGCUGCGGAAUCGGUCCUUUGAAACACGCGAAAUGUCCGACGAUUCGCGAGAUGAGAUGGAAAGAACAUUCUUCGAGCAGGGCCGGUGGGCGUCACUGUCGCGCGACUGCGUGGGAGUCGACAGCCUCCGACGCCGGCUCAGCAGCGUGUUACUACAGCACAUUCGUCGCAAUCUUCCAGGUCUGAUCACGGAGAUCCAGGAUAAGAUUGCCGACCACCAGCAGAGGUUGGCAAGGCUGGGACCUGCACGGUCGACCCUCCAGCAGCAACGAGGCUUUCUCCUCGCCAUCAGCAGCGGGUUUGAACGCAUCACUCGUCAAGCCCUGAGUGGAAUGUAUGCGGAUGAGUUCUUUACUGAAUUAGGGGAUGAUACGCAGGAUUCUCAGGAUUUUCGUCGGCUACGGGCCGUAAUCCGUGAGCUGAAUGAAUGCUUUGCCCACGCCAUGAAUAUUCGGGGCUCUCGUCGGAUUCUCGUGGAUAUGUUGAAGCAAAACUAUGAUUUACAACUGGAGAAGGACAAAAUGUACAUGGAAGAUUGGUCCCCAGAAUACGUCACUCGUGAAGCACUGGAGGAAGAGAUCGGCGGACAGGCGCGUAAGAACCGCGGAAUGGAGCUGCCAGGCAGUGCAAACCAGUUACUUGUAGGCAGCUUGUUCCGAGAUCAGUCGAAGCCCUGGGAAGGCAUCGCUCGGGUACACCUAUUGCAUACCUGGGAAUCAGUAAAGUACUUCGUCCUGCUGCUCCUCCGACAUCUCGCGGAUGAACCUACAUACACACGAUUGGUGGAGACGGUUUUUGCGCCCCAGCUGGAGCGUCUGAAGGAUACGCUGUUGAACAAACUUGAGGAGCUUACAGCCUAUAUGAAGCGCGGACAGCCCUUCCCCAUUGGAGACAGCUUUCUGUCUAAAAUUCGAGUCGCUCGCACCACCCGUCACCUUGCGGCGCUGAGGAAGGCCUUAGGCCUUCCCCGUUCAAUCUUUGUACGAAACGGUGAUCCAGAGUCAUUUAAUGCUCACGAUGUAGCGUUGGCUGCCUCCAAGCUUCAAUCGUCCAGUGAUGAGUUCGCCGUAGCAGAGAUCAUCGACCAGAUGGAGGCAUACUACGAUACGACCAUUGUGACAUUCGUAGACAACAUCGCAAUCCUUGGCAUUGAGAAUUGUCUUCUCUGGCCAUUGGAACAAAUCUUCACCAGUCAGACGGUCAAUAGCAUGGAAGACCAGCAGAUUCGGGAGCUGGCCGAGGAGCCGCCACAUAUUCAGCAUGACCGACAGCGACUGAGUCAAGAGUUGAACCGGUUACAGGCCGGUUUGAAUACUUUCAACAUCUUUCACGCUGGGAGCAGCUCAUUACGACCGCCGUCGAUCUUUGUGAAGCCGGCCGUAGCCCAGCCGGCUCUUUUCCAAAGCCCGGACACGAUUGCUCUACGGGAAAAGUGCAAGCCAAAUUCCAAAACGCCCUCCGCUCCCACGAAGAGGAGUCCCUCCCCACCGGUAGUGGCAGAUAAUAAUAGAAACAGGAACACUACAGCUUGUUCAACACGCAAUCAGGGCUCACUAUUUGGGACACCCUCCGUUUCUACAGAGAACACUGCUUCUCCGCCUGUAGUGUCAGACAAUUCCAGCAGCAAGAACACUACAGCUUCUUCGACGCGUAAUGCGUUCCCACUAUUCGCACCACCACCUGGUCCUACGUUUACCGGAAACUCUGGGACUGGAAAUGACUCCAAUUCCACGAAUGCCAAGAUGAAAAAGUCUGCAUUUGGGCCACCGGUUGUUCUUGGGUGUGAUAGUGCCAGAACUUCAGGACCAUGGUUCGGUUCAUCGUUUACCAAAGCAGAUGCUGCUAAGCCCUCGGCAGGAACAGGACCGGGUUUCUUUGGGAGACCCAGCUCCAGCCAACCUACUGGUAGUUUCAGUUUUGGUGCGUCCAGCGACACCCCUACCAAAAAUGAUACUAGAAAAGCUCCAGCCACGGAGGGACCUCGCCGGUAG